GGCAAGCGUCCCUUGCAUCCUGCCUCCAUCGUCGCCGCCACACGUCAUCCCCUUUAGACGGAGACGGACCGUCGCGCAGUUCUGUGUCUUGCGAGACAUCGACGCGCUGAGAUGAAGGCGAAAAGUCUGAACACGUUGAAUCCAUUCACACCUGUCCGCAACUUCCUACAGCGUCCAGCCAAACGCCGGCGUAACAGCGAAGACAGCGACACCGGUGACCCCGCCAGCUCCUCUGCGCCCUCCUCUCGUCGUCUCGCACUCCAGACGAACGAUGCCGAUGCCGAUGCAGUCAUCGUCACCGCCCUCGAUACUCCGCCUUUCUGCUGUCAUGAAGACCUGCUUACGAUGGCACCCGCUCAGCUUGCCCGGGUCGCUACUUCCCUCAAUGCUCGACUACCUAUGGCGCUCAGGAUAGAUACGAAUGCACCGUCUGCGGCGAUACGCACGGCGAUCGAAGUACUUGUUGGGAUUCGAAAUGGCGAGGGGCCACCUCCCGCCUCGCGCACGACGCCCUCGAAUAAUCACAAUCAUCAAGCAGGAGGAGAGCCCCGCCCGCCGGAACGCCCGCACGCCCCGCGACGCAUUCGACGACUUCCCACCAACGCGCUCAAGCUCACACUCCGGGACGAAGACGAGGAUGAAGGCGGCCCGCGUGCCCUCCUCCGCAUGGAUCGCGACCCGCCGUCGAGCCCCCUCGCCCACCGCGCCGCCCCUCCCACUCCCGCACCUCGCGCAUUCCCUCGCACGCCUACCCUCCCUCGCAUCGACGAGGAGGGCGGCAGCCCCGGUGCGCGCCCAGUCAAGCGGCGCCGCGUCAUCGAGGCGCGGGAUGCGGCGACGGAAUCGGAGGAGGCGGAGAUCGAGACGCCGACGUGGCGGGUAUUUGCGAGGCGGAAGAGUAUCCACAAUCCUCCCAACCCUCCGCAAGUGCGCACGUCCCGCGUCGAGCCCAGCCAGCGGCGCGCGCGGGCGAGCACGCUUCAGGCGCCAUACAUCUCCACCGCCCAGGCAGCGCGCAAGUCGGCUACCCAGGCCAUGCAUCUGCCCAUCCAGUCCAUGCGUGGACGCGUGCAACCCGCACGCCAUUCCACCAUUGACGACGUCGAAGCCAUGAACGACGCCGAACCCCAGCCCUUCCCCCCGACCGCCACCACAACCCGUGGACACACUGCGAAAAUGACCGCCUUCCGCGAACGCACGUCUACGGCGAGCAGCAGCGCCGAGUCGCUAUGCCGCGAGCGCACCGAGACGACCAGCAGCGUCGGGAGUGUGGGCUCGGUUAUGAGUACGGGGUCGGCGAUGAGCACGUCGUCCACGAGCUAUGGCAUGCACGAACCUCCUCCAUCCGGUUAUCCGAGCGAGGACGUGCAGAUGGCGACCAGCAGCAGCACGGUGUCGAUGGGAAGCGUCGGUGCUAGCACCUCCCCCUAUGUCGCCGGGUUGGAUGCUGGGGUAGCUGUUAGGACGGGAGUGCGCGCACACGCUGCGAUGUCCGCUAUCGACGAGGCCGACGCGUCGACGCCGAUCAUGCAGCAGCAGGGUUGGGGCGCACGCUCGUCGUCCCCGACGCCGGUGAUAGGCAAGAAACGCAGGGCGGAGGAGUCUGCGGAGGUCGACGCUUACCAUCGCGAGAAGGCGAUCGCUCACUCCUCUGCUGUGGGCAUCCCUUACGACUACGCCAAGGGCAUCGCUGGCGACCCUGCGGGAGUACCUCGCAGUGACUCCGCAGAGAUCAUCGAUGGCUGGACGGAGCGAUCGGACCUUCGCGCGAACAGCACUCACCCGGUGAAGAAGACCUGGACGGGUGGGAUGGAGAGUAUGCAGGUUGCUGGCGAGCACGGCGUUGAUGCUGCUUUACACGAAGGACGAGGUCCUCGACAUGACGAAGAUAGGCCUCGAAGGGGGAGUGUCAGCGCUCGCCAUCGACCGGACAAGAGAUGGGCGAUGCAUCUGUCGUCGUCGCCAUGAUGCAUAUGCCGCCCUCGUCGUCAUCUCGGGCAUCGCUGCGCUCGUCCUAUCUCCUUCCUUUCUGCUCUCAUAUCUUUGCUUUCAUCUCGGCCUUUGUCCCUCACAUACUCUCGGUUUUCUCUG